GGGCUACGUACAGCUAUAUACAAGUGUCAACUCUUUCACGUCUAUGUGCACCAGGGGUGUUUGAGGCCUUGAAGAGACUGUGUAUUGCAUACCAAGAUGACAGCAUGUGUUCAGAAAUCGAAGUGAAAAAAAAAAGUGGAGAAUUUGAUUUGGAGUCUAUAUACACACUGGACUUGUCUCAUCAAGCCCUCACGGGUCUUGGCUCCCUCCCCCACUGCACACAACUGUGUGUACUGAACCUCUCACACAAUCAACUCUCAACAGUAGCUCCACUAGACACUCUAACACAACUAGAGCAGUUGGACAUAUCCUCCAAUCAGAUCAAAGCAUUGGAUGGGAUGGAGCAGAUGGAGAGACUAAUCUCUCUGAAUGUAGCAGGGAACCUAAUCAGCAGUUUAGAUUCUCUUCUUCCGUUGGCGUCGCUAUAUAGUCUCCGAACACUCACAAUGUCACAAUCAUCACAAACCACACCCAUCACCAAUCCAGUGUGCCUUUCACCCACCUAUACACUAUUCAAAGAGUCACCUUGUAACUACAUAGCGUCUCUUCACUGGUUGGACGAAGAGGUUGUGGGUGGAGCUUUCCACAAGAGGGUACGACAAGUGUGUAGCCAAAACACUGGAGAAAAAUCGGCCCAUCAGAAUACUCAAAGAAUAGAUGAACUAGCUGAUCCUUUAAAUGGUUUCAGCCUGGACCACCGUGACAAGCAGCUGUCAGCCCUAUUGACUGACUGUGUAGAGGUAUCACUGAGAGUGAGUGCAGAGGUGGCUGAAUUGAACCUUCAGUUAAAAAACACUUAUUCACAACAUCUAUAAGCUAGCAUUUUUUCCAAUUUUAAUAUACAGUGCAACAACCAAAGAGAGUAGAUUUUUUUUUAUAUUAUUUUUUUUCACAUUUUGUGGCAUAUCUUCUGAAGUAAAAGUGAUAUGAUCUAUUUGAGUGCAGGUACUGAAAGUUCAAUUAUUGGCGCUUCCAUUGGACCACCACCUGUUACAUCAUAUGACAUCAUCACUAUGAAAUGGCUGUCUGAAGAUGUGUACCUCCGAAAAUAUGUUAGGAAUAGAAGUAGCUUAUUUGUUUGAGUUAAGAUCUGAAAUUUAUUGUGUAUGUACCUGACUAUAUUGCUCAUCUUUUGAGCUUCAACGGAAGUCUGGGCUGCUAGUAAGUUCUGAGAAAUACUGAAUUUUGUUGUUUUUUGGUGGCAAAUAUGUUAGGAAUACAACUUUCGAUUUUAUGCUAGUUAAGGUCUGAUUUUUGAGGAGCAUGUACUACAAUAGCAUAGAAUUCAUCUGUACUAACUUACAGGAGCUAGACAAGUCUCAUCUUUGCUAGAGCAGCCCUUCUUGUCAAAAAUGGUGAUUUUGCUCCGUUUUGCUACU